GGACUUGUGGGGUCUAUAGCUUGGUGUGGGGUCAUUUGGCAACAUUUGGCUUCUAGCAAAUUCUCCCGACAACCUGAAUGUUCCAGAUGGGAGGAUUUGCUCGCAAUAACGUAGCCACCGCCUGAGGUGCCAUUACGUAAGACGAAAACAGCAGUUGCGUCCAGAGUAUAUAGAACACCGUUGCGUCACACGGGGCUGGGGCGCUUGAUUAGAAGAGGAACGCUGCCAGUUUCAACAUGGAUGCGCCCACGGAAGAACGUGAACACUUCGGUGCUUUCCCUAGAAAACCAUGUAGAACCUGUACGGACUUUAAAACAUGGAUGAAAAUGAGUGGACCAAAACAACCAGGAAAAGAAGAUCAGGCUGGUACCUCACCAAAGAAGCCACCACAGUCAGCAAGUGUUUCCAAGGCAGAACACACCGCUGAAGGCCUGUCAGGCUGCCCUCUCGACAAGAAUGAGCUUGGUCGGAACUCCUGGUCACUGCUGCACACCACAGCAGCUGUGUACCCAGACAAACCAAACCAGGGGCAGCAGGAGGACAUGAAGCAGUUCAUCAGCCUCUUCUCGCGGCUUUACCCCUGCACCUACUGUGCGGAGGACUUCCAGAAAGACAUUGCGGAGCACCCUCCGAAGGUGGAGACCCGCUCAGCCCUGUCCCGGUGGUUCUGUGACCGCCACAACACCGUCAACAGGAAACUGGGGAAGCCCGAGUUCGACUGUGACCUUGUGGACGAGAGGUGGAGGGAUGGAUGGAAGGAUGGGAGCUGCGGAUAGCGGACCCUGCCUGGACGUGUGCGAUAGCCUUUGUUAUGAUGUUUUUAGUCAAUUUUGUGCCUACUCGAUCAGUGUGCGGGAUUGCCAUGUGAUGUGUAACAAAGGGGCGUGCAACAUUGCCAAUAACAAAUGAUUGUUCCCGCAGAUCGCUGCAAGUUCGGCAACCUUGCAUUGCAGAGAUGUUUUAUUCCAUUCUCUGUCCUGCAACAUGUGUUUUGGAGUAUAGAUUUUGGCCAUGAUAAUUUUACCAGCCAGUAUUUUGUAAGACCGCUAUUAACCAGUUCAGGGAUGUUGUAUCAAUGCCUAUAUCCCUGAGCGGGAUGUGUUCGAUACAUUGUUAUUGCUGUCUUUGGGUAUUUUGUCCAAACUUGGGGUCCGAUGUGCCUGUGAUUCAGCCUCGCGAUGGACAUCGCUCUUGUGGCGAGGUGUUUAUGAAACUAUGUGACGCAAUAAUAACGGUGCCGUAUGUGGA